CGCCUUUGGAGGGACACUUUGCCUUAAGACUCGCUCGCUCUCUCUCUCUUUCUUUUUCGCCUUCUCUCCCUCAUUCUCUCUCUCUCUACCCCCAAGGCCCCAACCCAACAUUUGCUGCUUUCUUUUCUAUUGUUGCCCUUUUUUCUCUCUCUUCCGGGUCUCCUCCGAUUCUCGAUCUUUGGAAAUUGAAGCGCCUGCGAUCUUCCGCUCAUGUCGUCGGAUAAGGGUCGGCCAUUACCCAAAUUCGGUGAGUGGGAUGUGAACAAUCCUGCGUCAGCCGAAGGGUUUACAGUCAUAUUUAACAAGGCUAGAGAUGAGAAGAAGACCAGUGGGAAUAAUGUGGCUGAAGCAUCACCACGAAGAAGUGAUGAUGCAUACAAACAAGAAGAGAAUUAUCAGUAUCCCACAAAGAGAAAGUGGUUUUGCUGUGGUUGAUCCCGCGCCGCUUUUGGAGCCCUGAGAUUCGUUAAGCUGGCCUGGUGGCAUAGUACUUGUGAGUCUCUCUGAAUACCCCUGGCAGACUGAUGAAGUGGGGAAUGUCUGGUGGUUAUCUAUUCCGUUUACCUGCAGUGUUUCUUCUUUUUUCCUGAUUUCUUGUUCACCUCCUUUUAUGUUCCCCAAGAGCGUUUUAUAUGUGUGUACUCUAUAGGAGGAAAGGAAGAAAAGUAAUGGAUUUAAGAACAUAAAAUUUUCUUGCCCUUUUGUUCUUGGUUUGAAUGUCUCAAUGAUAUACAGUUGUGUUUUGAACAGUAAUAUGUUUACCAGUAAAAAAUAAAUGUAUUAUUAUUUCCGACUAAAAA